UACUUUGGUUAAAACUUACUUAAGUAGAAGUAGAAGUACUGAUUUCAAAAUGUACUCAAAAAGGUACGAAUACCCAAAAAGCUACUCAAUUACAAUAAUUUGAGAAAUGAUAAGUGACUUUCCAUCUCUUCUUCAAUCUACCUAUAAAGCAGGUCUGUAUCCAAACAGGAAGUCAAUUACCCUUAGUUUCAGACAGUAGAAAAAUCUUAAAUGACACAAAAAACAGUUCAGAAGGCAAAAUAGCUGGGUGUGAUUAAUCACGGUUGACUACAGAAAUUCUAGGAUUAAUUGCAAUUAAAAAUUGUAAUCUUUUGACAGCCAUAGAAUGAUUCCUUUGUUUAUGAAAAUAAGCCACCUGUCUUGUGUGGUUUUGCCAUUAGCACAGGCGGUGUGGAUAAACACCAGCCAGCAUGCACACGUGUGAUUGGUCAGUGAGCUGAAGAGAGGUGGUAGUAAUUAAGAUUGACAGUGAGCUGCUUCAGUGAAUCAGUAGGAUUCACACAUACACACACACACAUUCAUCAUACUGAGUCCAUUAAGGAGCCAGGCCGGAGAAUCAUCUGCUCCUGAACAUUUGUACAUUUGAGACUGUACAGUAGGAACUAGAGAAGGUAAGCUGGAACUUCUGCCUUUGCUCAAACCUCACCUAAACUUAGAGAAAUUGCUUAUAUUUGUCUCAUGCUUUAUGGCUACAGAGAGAGUUUGUUUUAUUUUAGGAAUAUAUUUCUUUAAUAGCUUUGCACCAGUGGCUGAGUUUAUGUGCAGUAAUUUUAAAGCAAUAGAUGAUAUAAUGGAUUAUGUGCAUAGGCUUACAUAGCAGUUUGGUUUCUUUAGGUGAUCAAAAAUAGCUUGAUGCUUAUCUUUUUAUAAGCGUCAAAAACUAACAAAAGGUGAGAAAGGGCAGCAAAUCUUUAAUCUUUAAUCUUUAAAACAUUAUCUGAAACUGCAGAUAAAAGCAAUAAUUAUGAGUUUUGCUAUUUUAAUAAGGGAUAAGGUGUUUUUUUAAACAGUGACACACUUUAAUUGCAUUAUUAAGUAAUUAUAUCAAUGCAGAUUAUGAUUAAUUUGAUUCCAAAGUGUCCUCUAAACAUCAUCAUCUCUCAGUGCAGUAGGUAAACAGGUCACCUGUCCAAGACCCUUUGUGCUGCCUGGCUCAGAUUCAAUUAAUCCUGUUGACUGACCUGCCUCGACUUCAUUAACAGGCAUUCUUAACAUUAACCUCAGAGCCCUCUGGCUGUCUCACUCGUCUGCAAUUAGGGCAUGGACACAUUUGAGUAUUUUAAUUGAAGAAAUGGGAAGUAUAAUUUCCUUAGUGUCAAUGAAUUAUUAGUGAAGAUGUAAGCCAAGAGAGGAAAGGUCUGCUUCUCACCCUCUAUGUGCAUGUUGCCCACAAUGGUGUCGUGGUUAACGGGAGCUUGGCUCUGAGGAUUAGACUUACUUCUCAUUACAGUUAACAGCACAGAUGGCAGGCUGUCCCAGCACUGCAGCAGGAUCAGUCGAGUUUAAAAUCAUUGAUAAAAUAGUGUUUAAAUCAAAUUAAUCCUGUUGACUGGCUUUCCAGUUCAAACCUUUCUUACUAGAAAACCACUCACUGAGUAUUGUCUGAGAACUUUUCAUUCUAGAUAUUCUCUGAAACAAAAGAUCUACUUUUAAUCUGCUGUUGGCAGGACUCUGAGCUUAUCCUGUCCCUGCCUCUUCGCCCACCUGCCUGUCUGUCUGUCUGUCUGUCUGUCUGCUCGUGUGUCUCAAAGCGAUGUCAGGACCGAGGCCUGUGGUGCUAAGUGGCCCCUCCGGAGCAGGGAAGAGCACUCUGAUGAAGAGGCUGAUGAAGGAUCAUGAAGGCGUCUUUGGAUUCAGUGUGUCACAUACAACAAGAAACCCUCGACCAGGAGAGGAGGAUGGCAAAGGGCUGAACAAGCUCCCCUUGCUUCUGGGGGCUACUUUACUGCCUGUAGCAGACGUCUUAUCCUCUGAGGACUUAGAAAUGUCGAGCUCAUUAUCGUGUCCAAAUGAAUCAGAAACCACAGAUAAAGACUAUCACUUUACAACAAGAGAGGCCAUGCAGGAGGGAAUUGCAAACGGAGACUUCAUAGAAAACGCAGAGUUUUCUGGAAACCUUUAUGGAACAAGUAAAGCAGCCAUAGAAGACGUGCAAGCCAAGAACCUUAUCUGCAUCUUAGAUGUGGACAUUCAGGGAGUGAGGAGGAUUAAAGAGACUGACUUAAAUCCCAUCUACAUCUCCAUUCAGCCACCCUCCAUGGAAAUCCUGGAAAAACGUCUGAGGGACAGACAGACAGAGUCAGAGGAGAGUUUACAGAAGCGUCUGGAGGCAGCUCGCAUCGACAUGGAGCUCAGCAAGGAGCCCGGAGUGUUUGAUGUUGUUAUCAUCAAUGAUGAUUUAGAGAGGGCCUACGAGGAGCUGAAAGAUAUCCUCAAUGAGGAAAUCCAAAAAGUUCAGGAAGCCCAGUCUUAA